CGCCGCCGCCACCGCGAGCCAGGUGAGUAGGUAGGUGACCGAGCGGUUGAGAGACCUCCCUCUCCAUGCGAGCCGGCGGGAGCGUGCGAAUUGCCUAGUUCCUCCUCCUGCCAUCUCUGACUUCUCGAGUUCUGGGAGUCACAGCUAGCUGCGACUGCGAGAGUGAGUUCUCUUCUCGAGGCCACCACGUAUAUAUCUAGCUAUAAUAUCCUCGCGAGGCCGGCGACGACGAUGCCUUCCGGCUCCGACGCCGCGGCCUACGACCCGCUGCUCGCGCUGGACGACGGCGGGAUGGCGGCGGCCGUCGCCGCCCCCGUGGACCACCGCGGCCGCCCCGCCCGCCGCGGCGCCACCGGCGGCUGGAGGUCGGCGCUCUUCAUCAUAGCGGUGGAGAUCGCGGAGCGGUUCGCGUUCUACGGGGUGUCGGCGAACCUGAUCAGCUACCUGACGGGCCCGCUCGGGGAGGGGAACGCGGCGGCGGCGUCGGCCAUCAACGCCUGGAACGGCGUCUCCCAGCUGCUGCCGCUGCUCGGCGGGGCCCUCGCCGACUCCUGCCUCGGCCGCUACCGCACCAUCCUGCUCGCCUCGCUGCUCUACAUCCUGGGCUUGGGCAUGCUAGCUUUCUCAACCUUGCUCUCCACCGGCGACCACCAAUGCGGCGGCAAGGCAUGCCCGCCGUCGACUCUGCAGGUGGCAUUCUUCUACGUCUCCCUCUACAUGGUGGCCGUCGCGCAGGGCGGCCACAAGCCGUGCGUGCAGGCGUUCGGCGCCGACCAGUUCGACCCGGGCGACCCGGAGGAGUCGGUGUCCAGGAGCUCCUUCUUCAACUGGUGGUACUUCGGCAUGUGCGGCGGCACCGCCGUCACGCUGGUGUUCCUCAGCUACGUCCAGGACAACAUCGGCUGGGGCCUCGGCUUCGGCAUCCCCUGCGUCGUCAUGGCCUGCGCCCUCGCCGUGUUCCUGCUCGGCACCCGGACGUACCGCUACUACGUCUCCGCCGUCAGCAAGAAGGGGCUGAGAGCUCGUGCCAGCGACGCCCUCGCGGCGUGGCGGAGCAGGCGCAAGUCGAGCCCUCUCCCGCUGCCGGCUUCGCAGGAGCGCCACCGAACGGCGACACCGGCGCCGGAGUUCAGCACUCGAGUCGACGAAGACGAGCAGGAGAUUGUGGCGGGCAAUGCAGAUCUCAUCGAGCAAGCUAAGGCCAUCGUCCGGCUGUUCCCAAUCUGGGCGACGUGCCUGAUCUACGCCGUGGCGUUCGCGCAGUCGUCGACGUUCUUCACGAAGCAGGCAGGGACCCUGGACCGGCGCGUCGGCGACCGGCUAAAUGUCCCACCGGCGGCGCUGCAGAGCUUCAUCAGCAUCACCAUCGUGGUAUUCAUCCCGAUCUACGACCGCGCCAUCGUGCCGCUGGCGCGCCGCUACUCGGGCGUCCCCUCCGGCAUCACCAUGCUGCAGCGCGUCGGCGCCGGGAUGGUGCUCUCCCUGGUGUCCAUGCUGACCGCGGCGCUCGUCGAGACACGCCGGCUCCGGGUGGUGCGGGACGCCGGGCUGGUCGACGAGCCGGGCGUCCCCGUGCCGAUGAGCCUGUGGUGGAUGGUGCCGCAGUACGUGCUGUUCGGCGCGGCGGACGUGUUCACCAUGGUCGGGCUCCAGGAGUUCUUCUACGACCAGGUGCCCGACAAGCUGCGUAGCCUCGGGCUGGCGCUCUAUCUCAGCAUCUUCGGCGUCGGCAGCUUCAUCAGCAGUGCGCUCGUGUCCGGGAUCGACCGGGCGACGGCGGCGAGGGGCGGCAGCUGGUUCUCCAACAACCUCAACCGCGCGCACCUCGACUACUUCUACUGGCUGAUCGCCGCGCUCAGCGCGCUCGAGCUGCUCGCCUACGCCUACUUCUCCGUCACGUUCAAGUACAAGAACAAGGGAGCUCUUCUUGCGGUUUCCACCUCGGGUUAAUUAACUAGCGAUCGAUAUGCACACAAUUAACCUGAGCCUGUCAGGUAGUAGUAUAUGGUACAUGAAUCAGGGUACAUACCGUACAUAUUUAAGCUGCUUUACAUUAUUUGAUAUUGCUGUCCGAUUUGUGCUUCCUGGAGAACUGCGGUGUUAAGUACCUUUUGACAGUAUGUUCAACGAAUAUAGUCAGAACUGUUUGUCUGGCAUUUAAAAAUA